GUUAGUUAGUAUGCCUGCUACAAGCAUCGCGUGUAGAUCCUAUUUUUCUGUGUGAUCGUAUUCACAGAUUUCCACUCGAUCGAGAGAGACGAUACGAAGCAAGAAAUGGAGGACUCGGGCAUCAGAAAAUUGAUCCAGAUAUCAAAAUGGCAUGACAGCGAGCUGGCGGUGCUACAAGUGAAUGAUGUGUCACGUUCAUAUCCUCAAUGUUCAACUAUCGACGACAGAAACGCACGUAUUAAUCGGAUAGUGUACGGGUUAUUAAAGGAGAAACAACGUUACGUGUUCGAUAAGAUUCAUAGCGUAUUAGGUAAUCCUGCUAUAUAUCCUGCUCUAGAACUGACCACCAUCGGGGGAUUCUUGCAAACAAUAGGCCAGCGACUUCGAACUACUAGUAGAGAUAUUGGCACGAUGGCGAUGUUACUAGACGCGCCAUCUGGAACCGGGAAAACAUGGUUGCUAAUGUCUCUGCUGAUAACAAUGCACAGAAACGAUGUCGUGUUUCUGGUGUACCAACGGAACUUGAGGCUCAUCGCGGAAUCGAUACGGGGUAUACGUGCUUAUACAUGCAUGAAAUAUUUAAUGGAACUUUUGUGUAUGGAAUUUUCUGAAGCGAAAAACUAUUUUGUGGAAGAUAUUGCAUGUUUGAGCAUAUUUCAAAAAAUUAUUAGGACAAAAAUCAAAUAUUCAUGUAAAUUAAUCAUCCUUGAUGAAUACACCGUCGUUUCGCCUUGGUACGUGCUAUGGGUGUAUUGGAUUGCUAAACAAAAUGGUGCUUGCGUUCUGUAUUGCGGCGAUCGGUACGCGCUGAAUUCGAUGAACAGGUCCAGAUUUCAUAAUGAAAGCAACUACACGAUCGUAGAAGCAUUGUCCGGUCCCAAAUUUUUCGACAUGGAUCAAUUACGAAUUCAAGACGAGAAUUACGAGAAUAAGGUGAAUCAAUUUAAGGUCAUCCUGGAAAGAUCAAAUGAUGAUUUGGACAUGACCUUGGAGAUCAAAAACGAAUUAUACAGAAUCUUUGAGGACUAUUUCUCUGUGAACACGGAUAUGACUGCUACGUACCUGGCAGAGAAACACGAGGAUUUAUAUAGACGUGCCUAUGAUAUAUGCGAGUAUUACGAAAAUAAUAGUACCGGGUGCUAUAAAAGUCCAUAUUAUUCGGAGGACGAAUACGAUGACGAUAUGCGUGAAAUUAGCAUUGAAUUGCUCAAACAGCACAAUUUAAGGGAACAGUUUCUAGAAUUUCUGCCACUGAUCGAAGGCUAUACGUAUUAUUACAUAACACCUGAAGGAAAUAGAUGUCUAGUUAAAUAUAUUGGUAGAAGUGGUAAAGAGAUCCUAGUAGAAGACGUAGAAAACGGGUUGAGUAUGAAUUUAGGCCUGGAGAAGAUAACCUCGGAUUAUUGCGUGUCCGAGGAGUUCAAUUGGCUGAAAGAUAAUUGCGAAGGUGUGCCAUACCAAUAUCCACUUCGUUUAAGAUUAAGAACGUAUCACAGUCUACAAGGUCACACGACUGAAGACAAGAAUAAAGUGGAACUGAAUAUCGAUGUAAAAAGAAGCAACUGUGUUUACGUCGGCUUGUCGCAUAUUCGAAGGGAAUCGCAGUUGGGACGUCUACACACGAACGACUUAUUUAAUAUCAGAAGCCAUUGUAAUUCUGAGCUUUGUACACCGGUAGAAGAACCAUCGCAACCCAAAUCGUUAUUAGUCAAAUUGGCGAUGUACCUGAGAAAUGUUAGUUGCUCCAGGUUAGAGGAGCUGGUGGAAGAACCCGCAGAGACUGAAAGAUUGAGAAAUGAUAUAAACGAUUACUUAAGCAACGUGGGAGAAACCCCCCUUGACAUAGAAGACGUUGCCUAACAAAUUUAAACUUUUGCCUUAAUCUGCACACAUAUGAAAUAUAACACACGCUGAAGAGCCAAAUUGAAUCUACGCUACGUUGUUAUAUGAACAGCCAUAAGUUUGUAAGGAACAAUCCUACGAUAAUAUUUGUAGGGUCAAUACAAAUAGCAUAGCCUGCACUUUCACAUCCCUAGAUUUAAUUUCUGCUUUAUUUCUUAGUAUAUGGAUUAUGGGUUCAAAUUCCUGUAAUUCAAAACGAUUACAAGAAAUAGAAAAUUGUAAAGAGGGUCCAUUGACCAACAUCUAACGAGCAGUGCCUGUACUAGACCCAUCCAAAUCAUCAGUCCGAUAACGUUCUAGCGCUCCGAUAGUAGGAUUUGCGCCCCGCGAGAAACUCAACCGAAUCGCGUUGGGCGACCAACGUGUUAAUAGCUUCAAAGACUACGCCUAUCUCUCCUACUAUCUCACUCGCUCUUGCUAUGACUUGCCGAUGAUCUUCGUCACAGUUUUGGGCCGACAGUGACAGAUGAUAAAGGUAUUUUUCAUUCUCAGAUAGUGCCAAAAAUGACAUUUUUUUAACAUCGUGCAAUGAAGAUGAACAGUUGUAAAUACGGGCUGUGUACCGAUCAUUUGAUCGCAAUUCGUACCGUGUCUUCGGCCUGCGUCUACAGGAAAAGAAGAAAAAGGACAAAGAGGAGAACCCGGACAAAAUGCACUGACCGUGGAUAAACGAAAACAAAGGGAUAAAAGGGGAAGUGUGGCAAUAGCUGGGAAUUUCUUGCUGUAAUUGUGAAAAGAGAACUCAAAUGAGAAAGCUAUACACGAGUAUAAUUGUAACGCGUCUUCGCGACUCGUCAUUUUGCACGCGUGCUUCCCAAUUAGUACGAAAACGAAGGAAAAUGUAAUAACGAAAGACACUCAACAGGAAUCGCAGUUACUUUAAUCCUAAGUAAUGGGCGUAUGCACUAUUUCAAAAAUGCGCGGUUCUCGAGAGGUCGGAUACGUUGAGAUUUCUUAUUCUGCGUUCGAUUCUCAUAUCUUGUUUCGAAAAGUUAUGUCGUUGGGUCGCAUACCGUUUUACCAAAAUAUUAAGCAAGAAAAAGCCAGCAGCAACGGAAACAAUGCAACACAUUAAAUGCAGCACAGAAUCUAUUAACCUAAAGAUGUAAGUGUAUGACACACGAUAGAGAACAAUAAAGAGUACUAUACAUAAAUUAACGGUGCUACGAUAUUUUGCAAUUCUUCACCUGCCAUUCCUAUUUAAGAUUUUCACGGAUUAUUGUGGAUUGUGGAAUGAUUGUGGAACGGUGGGUAGUAUUAUUUCUCUUUCUUCAGUUGUCGUUUCUUUCGCUUUUCUUGACAUUAUUACUUUUUCUUACUUUCGGAAAUUUAAGAAUGAUUGUUGUUAAACAUGACAAUCGGAGUAAAUCUUAUUAAACUAAAUUUUAAAAUGAUGAUCAGAAAUUUUUCAAGCAAAUGCGAGUAUGCUACAUUUAUCAUCGUAUGUCAAUACUUUUG